CAGGGGAAGGAGAAGAAGCCCCGGCGGGUCGGUCUUGUUUGUGUCGGUCGUCGCACGCAGCAACUCUCGCUGUGAAAAUGCGCAUCGAAAAAUGUUAUUUCUGCUCGGGACCAGUGUACCCCGGCCAUGGGGCGAUGUUUGUACGGAACGACUGUAAGACGUUCAGAUUCUGCAGAUCAAAAUGCAUCAGGAACUUCAAGAAGAAGCGUAACCCAAGAAAAACAAGAUGGACCAAAGCAUUCAGAAAGGCGUCAGGGAAGGAGUUGACAGUGGAUAACGCUUUGGAGUUCGAGAAACGCAGAAAUAUACCUGUGAAGUACAACAGGGAUCUGUGGGAGAAGACAGUGGAGGCAAUGAAGAGGGUGGAAGAAAUCAAACAGAAACGACAGGCAAGAUUUAUCAUGAACAGAUUGAAGAAGGGCAAACAGCUGGAGAAGGAGGAGGCCAUCAGCGAAGUGAAGAAAAAUAUUCAUCUUAUCAAAGCACCACAUGCAGGAAAGGCCAAACAGCUGGAAGACAAAAUGGUGCAGAAGUUACAAGAAGACGUGGACAUGGGAGCUGAAGAUAACUAAUCUUAUAUCCAGAGUGGUUUUGUUUAUGUGAUGAACUUGAUAUUGUACUUCUUAUUUGGAGUGAAAUUUUCCAAAUGGCUGAUGGACACAAUUUUUGCAUUCAGUUUUAAAUUUCCGUACAAGCAUCGAAAGCAUUGACCCAAGAAAUAUCUCUGAAGCAGCAAAUAACGACACAUCUCCUGCUUAAUUCUUUUCCCCCCAAGUGAUGAUUGGGGCUGUAAAGAAUUGACAUAUAAUGUAUUACAAUAAUGCAGAUGUUAACCAACAAAAAAUUAAAGGACAUCUUUUUGAAAUUG